AGCCGCAGCCGCAGCCGCAGCCGCAGCGCCCCUGCCGCCUGUCCCCCCUCCCCCGCCGCCGCCGGAGCCGCCUCGCGCACUCUGGGGUAUGGCCGUCAAUGUGUACUCCACAUCUGUGACCAGUGAGAAUCUGAGUCGCCAUGAUAUGCUUGCUUGGGUCAAUGACUCCCUGCACCUCAACUAUACCAAGAUAGAACAGCUCUGUUCAGGGGCAGCCUACUGCCAGUUCAUGGACAUGCUCUUCCCUGGCUGUGUGCACUUGAGGAAGGUAAAGUUCCAGGCCAAGCUAGAGCACGAAUAUAUCCACAACUUCAAGGUGCUGCAAGCAGCUUUCAAGAAGAUGGGUGUUGACAAAAUAAUUCCUGUAGAGAAAUUAGUGAAAGGAAAAUUCCAAGAUAAUUUUGAGUUUAUUCAGUGGUUUAAGAAAUUCUUUGACGCAAACUAUGAUGGAAAGGAUUACAACCCUCUGCUGGCGCGGCAGGGCCAGGACAUAGCGCCACCUCCUAACCCAGGUGAUCAGAUCUUCAACAAAUCCAAGAAACUCAUUGGCACAGCAGUUCCACAGAGGACGUCCCCCACAGGCCCCAAAAAUAUGCAGACCUCUGGCCGACUGAGCAAUGUGGCCCCACCCUGCAUCCUCCGGAAGAAUCCUCCAUCAGCCCGAAAUGGCGGCCAUGAGACUGAUGCCCAAAUUCUUGAACUCAACCAGCAGCUAUUGGAUUUGAAGCUGACAGUGGAUGGACUAGAGAAGGAACGUGACUUCUACUUCAGCAAACUUCGAGACAUUGAGCUCAUCUGCCAGGAACACGAAAGUGAGAACAGCCCUGUCAUCUCGGGCAUCAUUGGCAUUCUCUAUGCCACUGAGGAAGGAUUUGCACCCCCUGAGGACGAUGAGAUUGAGGAACACCAACAAGAAGACCAGGACGAGUACUGAGGGCGGCUCCAGCCCUGGCUGACUGCACGGCUUCCGUGCGUCCCCACCCCGCUCCCACCCCCACAUUAUAAUCCUUUCCUUA